CAAAGGGUUAGAUCAGAUCAAUGAUCUUUCACGACGUAUGGAAUAAAACUGAAACGGGCGGGAGAAUAUGUAUCACCACUAUAUUAAAAGUGGACAGGUAUUUUAAAAUAAUUUUUACUUUUACCAUCCUCCAAACUGAAACCUAGGUUUUGGCAGAGACGGGAGAGUGGGUAUCGAAGAUGGCGCCGAAGAAACGCAGCAGAAGCAGCACCGAUGAGAAGGCAGCAGAAGUUGUGAUUAGCAAAAGAGUGACGAGAAGCAGCACCACAACUAUUUCAACUGCAUCUCUAACACCCACAAAACCCCCUGCUAAGAAAACCCCCAAAACUAAAGCGCUUGUGCAAGAGCCCUCUAAACCCCCUGGGCCUGUUCAGAAAACCCCCAAAACUAAAGCUCCUGUUACUGUUGUCAUUGAGCACUGCAAACAAUGCAAUCAGUUCAAGACAAGGGCCAUCAAAGUGAAAGAUGCUUUAGAAAAUGACAUAUCGGGGAUCAACGUGCUUGUGAAUCCGGAAAAGCCAAGAAGGGGAUGUUUCGAAGUACGUGAAGAAGGUGGAGAGAUUUUCAUCAGUCUUCUGGAUAUGAAGCGACCGUUUCAACCAAUGAGGGCACUUGACAUGGACCAGGUCAUAUCCGACAUUCUUGACAAGCUGAAACAAGGAAUGCCUGUGGUUUAAGGAUUUUUUUUUGGUUUUAAUGUGGUGAUUAUGGAUUUAAUCAACUUGGUAGUCGCUCUAAUGUUUCUCUAGAUAAUUUGGUGAUUAUGGUUUUAUGCGAUUUUAGCAUGGUAGUUCAGCAACUGACUAUGCUCCUUUAUGUUCGCAUCCUAAUUGCCUUAGGAACUUGCCUAGAUGUUUUCUCAACUGUGUUAUGAUAUUUAAAUCUGUUAGUAAAUUUGUGCUACUCUUGUAGAGUCCAUUGCGUGAAA